AUGGAUAACCCGAACCCGAAUCCAAACGCCGGCGGCCGCGGCAGCGACCCGCAGCACACCAUGAGUCGCGCCGAGUACUCGCGCAAUGUGCGCGCCGCCAUCGAAGAGAAGCGGCAGCAGGCGCUCCACAACCGGCAGCGCUUCGAACCCAUUGUCCACGAGCAGCUACAGCGCCUGUUCAGCGACUACGAGCCGCCGCUGUACGCGCGGCUGCGCGGCUUCGGCCGCGACCAGACCCUCGCCCUCGCCGAGUCGACCGUAUCGUCCCUUGCCGCCGCCAACAGCCGCGCCUUCAGCGACACGGAGACGCAGGCCCUCACCGAGCACUUUGUCGACAGCAUCCACACCAUGCUCAUCUGGAAGUGGGCCAUGACGGGCCUCGCUGCCUACAUGACGUACCGCGGCCGCAACACCUGGCGCUUUCCCUUCCUGAGGCCCAAGAUGGACGGCCGCAUGAACCCCGUCACCGGCGGUCCCCACGUCAAGGUCAUGUGGCAUUCGGCGCGCUUCGUCGCCUACUACGGCGUCAUAUGGCUCCUCGGCGAGCCCAUCUUCCAGGGCGCCAACUUUAUGCGCUAUCGCGCCGCCAUGGAGCAGGAUCCGCGCCUGGCAUCGAUGCUGCGGGACGGCAAGGCGCGCGCGCAGGAGAUCUACGACCAAGGCUCGCACGGCCAGGUGGCAACCCCGGGCGACCGAUACGGCAGCUCUGGCGAUCAGUAUGGCAACAGCGGCGACCAGUACGGCGGCUCAGGCGAACAAUACGGCGACCAGUGGAGGUCCGAGUCGCAGCCGCAGCGUCCGGCGGGAAGCAUACCGGCCCAAGCACAAUCCGCAUGGACACAGUAUCGCUCGCCGGGGUCGCAACAAGCGCAACAGUCAUCCCCGCAGCAAGACUCCUGGGACUCCUUCUCCGAUGUCGAUGACGCCUCUCCCGUGGCUCCCUCCACCCAGGGCCAGCAGGACGCCUCGGCCCAAUACGGCGGCGGCUCGGCAUGGGACCGCGUCCGGCAGCAGGCCCAGUACCAGCCGAGGCGCGGCUCUCAGCAGCAGCAGCAGCAACCCCAGCAGUCGUGGCAGGCGCCGCAGGCCACCGGCGGCUGGGCCAGCGAAGAUGACGCCAGCCCGCAACGCGGCCCCAGAGACAGUUACUCCUUUUCUAAUGCCGACGAGGAACGGGCCGUGGCCAAGGGCCAGGCGCAGAGGGAGUUUGACCAACUGCUCGAGCGGGAACGGCGUGGGACGGACCAGGAGCAAGGGUCCUCGUGGGGAAGAAGGAGAUAA